GCUCCGCCAUGCAUGCUCUAUGAUGUUAAAAGGACAUUACGAGAGACAGUUAUUGCCUCCAUACAAAUAUUCGAACCGAAACGAUGUCUCUAGAGGCAACCUAUCGCAUGGCCAUGAGUGCGCCGGGACUAUCUCAUAGUCUCUCGGCCUCCCUGCCAAAAAUUACAUCUCGAGUACUAUUACCUAGAGCUCAAACCAUUCUCUCUCAAAGAUACACACAACAGCAGCGACAGCUCCAUGCCUCUUCCAGAAUAAGAGCGCCGAAUAGCGGAUUGAUGGGAAUUGGUAACUCGAAUUUACCGACUUCAUAUUUUCAGCGACCUUCUUUACCCGCAAAUACCAUUAUUCGAUUCGUUCCCCAGCAAACAGCAUGGAUUGUAGAACGGAUGGGAAAGUUCAACCGCAUAUUGGAGCCUGGUCUCGCCAUUCUAUUGCCAAUAAUAGAUAAGAUAGCAUACGUCAAGAGCUUGAAGGAGUCUGCAAUCGAGAUUCCUAGCCAAAGUGCGAUCACCACCGACAACGUUACUCUGGAACUCGAUGGCGUGCUUUAUACUCGAGUCUUUGAUGCCUAUAAGGCUAGUUAUGGAGUCGAGGAUGCAGAAUAUGCCAUCUCUCAACUGGCACAAACAACUAUGCGUUCGGAAAUCGGACAACUUACCCUCGAUCAAGUCCUCAAGGAGCGUGCCGCCUUGAACACCAACAUCACAGCUGCUAUCAAUGAAGCCGCACAGGAAUGGGGUGUAAUUUGUUUGCGUUACGAAAUUAGGGAUAUUCACACACCGGAAGGAGUUAUGGAGGCUAUGCAUAGACAAGUUACUGCUGAGCGCAGCAAACGUGCGGAAAUUCUCGAUUCCGAAGGUCAAAGACAAAGCGCCAUCAAUAUCGCAGAGGGACGAAAGCAAAGUGUGAUCUUGGCAUCUGAGGCUUUGAGAAGCGAACAAAUCAAUAUGGCAAGUGGUGAGGCCGAAGCUAUUUUGCUAAAGGCAAAAGCUACAGCUGCAGGAAUCGAGGCGGUAGCUCAGGCAAUUGCUUCAGGAGAGGAAUCAGCUCAAGGGGCUGUCAGUCUCAGUGUAGCUGAAAAGUAUGUUGACGCAUUUGGCAAGCUCGCCAAAGAGGGUACCGCCGUUGUUGUCCCUGGAAAUGUGGGGGAUAUCGGAAGCAUGAUUGCUAGCGCCAUGGCAGUAUACGGGAAGGUUGGCGAUGCACAAGCGAAAACCAUGGCCGCGAAGGUCUUGAAAGGACAAAAGAGCGCCGAGCAAACGAGUACAGAGAACGAAUCCCCGAAUGACGAGAUGAAGAGAAGCAUGCUUGCGUCUUUUGAAAACGCCACCAGAAAGUAAACUCACGAUAUAACAUGACAUGAAGAAGAAAAAAGGCGACGAGCUAAAAAGCAAUCGAGAACAGGGACCCGGAAUGUAGGAGGGGAGUUGAAUGUAUGACUAUCAGCGAUAUGCGUUUAUGAGCGAGCCACUGUAUAUUGUAUUUAUUAUGGCGGGGUCAGAUGCUGCUGACAAAAAAUACCUUUUACCUACCCAAGCAUUGAAGAGGUAGUCUUUGCAACUCAGACAAACUUAAAAUCCUCUCAAACAUAAAAUUAAACUUA